AUGGCGAUGGCAGAUGAUUCACCACCAAACAAUCGCCCACCGUACAAAAAACGAAGCUCUUCGAUAUCAGCGCCAGCAUGCGCUAGCAUGGAAACAAUCAUAAGUCCGCCAUCGGAUACUGGAACACCUGAAGGUGGUACUCCUGGUUAUCGAAGGCGUAGGCCGGCUACAAGGUCUCAAAGUGCUCGCAUUACUGGACCUAGAUCAGUACGACGGAAACCUCAACCACCUCCUUCUACGCUUCAAGACUCCAAAGGCCAUUGCACAAGUGAGCCUCGAUUGAAUGAUUCCGAAACACCACCACCUCAAAAGCGCCGAGGAUCGCAACGGAGAGCUACACCGGGUGCAGACAGGAGAGUGCAAAAUGUGCGUAUAAAAUUAGCUACUAGAAAGUCAAACGCCUUUUUAGAUGUACCACAAAUAAACAUGCAACACCUUCAAAUCAAUGAUCAGGAUGAUGAUGAUAACUAUAGACUGAGAACUUUUAGCUCUUCGAAGCAGGGCGUUGUUAAUCGUGGAGACUCGUUUAGAAGACGAAGAUCAAGAAGCAAUAGUUUAGCUCCUACAAGUCCAAUGUGUGCUCCGCAAGAAGUACUACCUCCUAACAGUGGACCCAUCGACUCAUAUCAAGUAGCAAUGGUCGGCGCUCCCGGUGUCGGAAAAGGAGCUCUGCUAUCACAAUUUAGAUCUUCGGAAUGCAUCAAUGCUUAUGAUACGAAGGAAUCUCCUGGGCAGCAAAACAUUUCAAUCAUUUUAAACGGAGAAGAAUCAGAGUUGAGAUUCAUUACCGAUAAUGCAGGCAACAAGGAUGAAAUGGCAAAGGCAGAUGCGUUUUUAGUAGUGUUCUCUGUAGUCGACAAGGCCACAUUCAAUCGGGCAGAACAGAUAUUAAAUAUGCUACACGAUAUGGAUCUUACUCGCACACGACCAACAAUUUUAGUUGCUAAUAAAAUUGAUUUGGCUCGUUCACGUGCAGUUUCAUCUCAAGAUGGUAAAUGUAUGGCCUGCACGCACCGGAUUAAAUUUAUUGAGGUUUCAGUUGCAAUUAAUCAUAACGUCGACGAAUUAUUGGCCGGAGUUCUAUCUCAAAUAAGGCUUAAAAAAGCAUUCUGCGCAGUGCAAGGAAGCCGAGAGUCAUCACCAACGCAUUGGUACAAGAAUCGCAGCGUAAUGCGUGCUUCCAUGAAAGCACGCCAAAUGAUUACGUGGAUUUUCGGUAAAGAAGAUUCUAAAUUCAAAAAUUGUGAAAACCUUCAAGUUCUCUAAGCAUUUGCAGCCAUUGUAAUUACUUUGGUAACAGCUAAACCUUCUUCCCUUAUAAAACUAAGCACAAUUUUUAAUCGUAUUAGUGUUGAAGUAA